AUGUCUCCAGACAUGCCAUCAAGAUGCAGUAUUUCAGCUCUAAAUUUACCUAUGGUGAACAUACAAUCUCUUCGAUGUUGUAUAUCCAGUCUGCAUACCUUUCUUGCUGCAGAAUGGAAAUCGUUUCGUAAUGUGCGGUUUUUACUAUGUCUACAUGCUAAUAGCUUCCUCUCAAGAAACAGUCUAGCUUGCAUAAAUGCCAGUACUCAGCAUGCAAAGAAAGCUUCAGAUCUCUUUAAAGUUGGUGUUACCCGCACGCAAAGCCGUUCAUCAUAUGAAAUGAGCCAAGAGACAUACACUUGCCGUUUGAAGUUAAAAAGUACAACUUACGAGGAAGCGGUCCGAAUGGAUCCUGGAUCAGGGGAAGCACAUACAUUCUUCCCUGAUAAUAUUGGAGAUGAUUUAUAUGUUGAAGUGUAUGACUCGAAGGGGAAGUCAUGCGGAAGAGUUGUAGUUCAAGUGGCUAGUAUUUCUGAUAUUAGCGAAAAGAGUUGCUGGUGGCCUAUUUAUCUUGAACCUGAACAUGUACUUGUGGGUCGAAUGCAAGUACACUUGAGCUACACAUCAAAUUCAGAUGAGAAUAAUGAAAAGUGUGGAUCAAUUGCUGAGACGGUAGCAUAUGAUGUUGUAAUGGAAGUUGCAAUGAAAGCUCAACAUUUUCAGCAGAGAAAUUUGAUGCUGCAUGGAAUUUGGAAAUGGUUGCUGGCAGAAUUUGCAGCUUAUUUUGGUGUUUCAGAUGCCUACACAAAAUUAAGCCACCCAAAUAUGAAAGGAGAUCGGCAUUAUCCAGGUGAACCUCCGAUGGAUUCCCAUCCUGACCGUGGGAUCAAGUGUCAAGAGCACAAACGGAGGAGAUCAAUUCCUCCUGCAAAGUCUGCUGUAGCUGAGCCAAAUGGUGGAGAAGGAAGCCGACUGAUCAUAUGA